GUCAGACGGCUCCACACUGUAUACAAACAGUACACCGAACUUUAGCUGAAGAUUUAACACACAAAUUUCUGCUGAAAAUAGUAAAUUAAUUUGUAAUCCUCUAAAAUUUACAUUUGCUGACACAAAAAUGGACCCCAUUGCGGUAAAGUUCCAGCACUCACAGGAGGUUUGCUGGAUUUGCGAGAGGCCGGACCGAGAUUUGUUCGAUCUUACCGCUGAACAGAGUGAAAAGUUGAUGCAGCUGAGCCAGCUGCAGCCUAACCACGACAAGCCGGUAGUGACCCGAAGCCUCUGCGAGGACUGCAUCAAGCGCCUGGACGAAGCGUACCGGUUCGUUAGGCAGUGCGUCGAAGCCGAGAACCGACUGCAAAUUUCCAUCGCCCAGCAGGAGCAGCAGCAGGUAAAGAUUGAGCCGGAAGAUGCGGAGGAGAUUGAGCCCACUGUCGAGUGUUUGCUGCUGGAGUUCAAACCAGAUCAGGAGGAACUACAAGAAGACAUGCCGCCGGUUGACGAGCAGGAGAAGGAUACGAAUGAGAUUGUUCCAGUGAAGAGUCGGGAGAAGCCGAAGUACAUACGGCCGAAGAAGGACUAUCGCUGUACAGUGUGCGAUAAAGUAUUCGGCAGGAUGGAUUCAUUCAAGCUGCACCAGGAUAUGCAUCAAGGGAUCAAGAGGUAUUCCUGCGAAAGCUGUGGCAUGAAAUUCGUCCAGAAAGGAGGCUUGAAGCGUCACGAGGAGAACAUUCACCAUAACAUUAAGCGUUUUGUGUGCAACGUGUGCGGCCACGCUUUCAACGAAAAGCAUCAACUCAAGGUUCACGAAUUUAAGCACAUGGAGAAGAACAUUGCCUGCGAGCAGUGCCCGAUGCGGUUCAAAUCCGCCGAAAGUCUGUCUCGUCACAUGGUCCAGCACAAUCCGGAAGCGAAAAAGGAGAAACGGAUGCGGUUCAAAUCCACCGAAAGUAUGUCUCGUCACAUGGUCCAGCACGAUCCGGAAGCGAAAAGCGAGAAGCGGCAAUUUGAAUGUGACAUUUGCCACAAGACGUUGUGCAGCUCUUCUGUCCUGCAGAAUCACAAAAAAAUCCACGCGGAGCCCGGCUUCAUUUGCAGCGUUUGUGGCAAGCGGUUCACUACGAACAAUUUGCUGAAACUCCACAUGCGCAGUCACUCGGACGAGCGCCCGUUCGCUUGCGACAUCUGCCCCGGGAAGUUCGUGGGAAAAGACCCUGCAGGACCACAAGCUGAUUCACACCAAGGAGAAGCCGUACCAGUGUGACUUGUGCGAGCGGCGUUUCCGGACGAGAUCACAGUUCAGAAAUCACCGAUUUCUGCACACCGGGCUGAGACCGCACGUGUGUCCUAUCUGCAGCAAGGACUUUAACCGACCCUGGAACCUGCGGUUGCACAUGAAGACCCACGCGGGACGCGUCCCGGAUGACGGCGUGGAGGCGGACGCUGACAAUAUGGCAUAAAGUUUGGUUGUUAAGAAAAA